AUGGCACUUAGCUUGGGCCGGCUGGCCAAUCUACUCGACACACAAGGAUCUCAGCCGUCGUGGCUUUCCGAGAAGUUUGGCUUGAUUGUCCAGGCUGCAAAGCGAUUGCUCGACCUCGACAUUCAUGAAUCAACGCCUUGUCGAGUCUUUUGGAUUCCAGGCCGCAUCGAGGUAGUUGGAAAGCACACCGACUAUGCUGGUGGGCGGUCUCUGCUUUGCGCUAUCAAUCGUGGUUUCUGUGUACUGGCGACCGACCGUCAAGAUGCCCUGCUUCGAGCCGUCAGUCUCCAGUUCAAGGCCGGCGACAAGGAUGGCAUCGUUGAGGUGCCCUUGACAACGAGCCUCGAGGUACGACAGAACCACUGGUCCCUUUACAUCACGACAGCUGCACGGCGGCUUUCGCAGAAUUUCGGUCAGAAGCAGCAACUUCUGGGUUGUGAUGUCGCCAUUGCUUGCGACUUGCCUCCUGCUUCAGGCAUGAGCACCUCCUCAGCGUUGAUUUGUGCAAUGUUCAUGGUGUUGGAUGCCCGGAACCUGAUACGCCAGCGGCCAGAGUUCCAGGCAGCACUGCCAACGGACGAGGCGUUCUAUGAAUAUCUCGGCUGCAUCGAGAACGGUCAAUCCUGCGGCGAGCUGACGGGAGACCAAGGCGUUGGAACCUUCGGCGGCAGCGAGGACCACACGGCAAUCAUGGCUUCGCAGAGGGGCGCCCUCAAGGUCUUCUCAUACAAGCCCACAAGGCUGGAGCGUUCGAUCACGAUGCCUCCACAUCUUCUGUUUGCAGUUGCAUCCAGUGGACUUCUGGCAGAAAAGACUGGGGACAAGAUGGAAAGUUACAACGAUGCAGCGACACUGGCCCUGAACGCCGGGAGAAUUGUCGCCAAAGAUCAAGGCUGGGGCGAGGACGCAGAUCUUGCAACCUGCAUUCAGCGCUGUGGCGGUGGUCUCGAUGCAUGUGAUCGCAUAGCAAAGAUUCUUCGUUCACAGCCAGCAGGGGAGGCAUUGGAAGCUCGUUUCAAGCAGUUCUUCACAGAGAAUGAGGAGUGCGUGCCUGGGGUUGCGCAGGCGUUCUCAGUAGCAGACGAGGCGAGUUUGGGCGCCAUAGUCGACAGAUCACAAAGCGCAGGAGAUGCUGGCUUGCAGAACCUCGUGGCCGAAACACGAUGGCUGCCAGCGGAGGCACGGCGGCUGGGAGCAAUCGCGGCCUCAGCCUUCGGCGCCGGGUUCGGUGGAAGCGUGUGGGCUUUGGUGCACGCGACAGAAUCAAGUGAUUUCAUCUGCAAGUGGAAGGAGGCAUACUUGAAGGUGGCCUUUGUAUCGGUAUUUCCGGGGCUACUGGAUUUCGAUCACAACAAUGAGUUGCCCAACAACGCCUGGUCCAGGUCGUGCACUUCUCGGGUGAAUGCAAGACAAGACUGGGGGCGGCGUCGUGGUCGGAAAGGACCUGUGCAGUUCGAAUUCGGCAACGACAGAGGCAAGGUUCGCAUAAAAGCUGCACAGACGAUGAGCUCAAUGGACAAUGUGGUGCAGGAGGUUGUUGCGCCAGUCAUACACCAGAUGCAGCCCGCCAGCAUGGCGCCACUGUCUUGUCAGCAGGAGGUGUCGUCGCUCUGUCCCAAGGCAAGAUCUCAGAUCCACUGUCUUGGGCAGAACAGUGGAGUCAUCUCAGACAGCUGCCGACGGGACGUGGGGAAGUCAGUCCCUUUUCGCUGUAGCAGUGCCAUUGACAAGUACUGCGACAUUUUGAAGGCAGGCAUUUUGGAUUGCUUGCACAAGCACAUGGAUGACGUCGGUGCAGACUGCAAAGAUGCGGUCCUUGCCACAAGCAAGGCCAUCACUGCUAUGAACACUGUCAAGGCAGCGGCAACACCGGCUCCUCAGGCUUUGCUUGCGCAGCAUCCUGCCGGGCGAGCUUCAGACAGGGAGAAGACCCUGGAUUCUAAGCUGGCAAGCCUCACAACCAAGGGCCCGUCCGUGGUCUCAAUGAUAAAGGAUGCCGAAAGACAGGCGGAGGAUCAGUUGGCCAAAGAUGCCGACAAGAUCGAGUCACUGCUUUCCCAGAUGUCCCAGAAGAUUGGACCCAAGCCGAGUACCGCACCCCGCCUCGGCUCUCACAGCUGGUGGACUAGCUACAACGCGCUGGCGAUACUGCUGCUUCUGGCACUGGCCUACUUCCUCACCCAGACCGAUGAGGGAAGAAAGGUCUGGCACAGAAUGAGGAUGGCCAUGCGAGAUGGUCAACCUCUUCUUGGAAAGAAGGACUUGGAGAUGCCUUUCCCGUACGACAACGAGGUUCAGCUUUGA